CAAUAAAUGAACACCAUCAGCGCCUGAUGAACACUGACAGACGGACAACAUGGAAUCAGGUGUCUCCGUUACAGAGCGGUUGCGACUACGCAGAGAUAAAGGAAGAGGGCUCCUUCAUAAAAUUGGCGUCGCUCAGUUGGCUCUUGGGGCCGUGGCGAUCAUUCUGGGAGCAGUAACCUUGGUGUACGCGGCACCAAAUGGUACAUUCAUCUACUACAUCGGAACACCUUUGUGGUGUGGGCUCUUUCUGCUGAUUGGCGGAUUCUUAGGCAUCAAAGGCAGUCAUGAACGAGACGGACCGGGAGAUCUUCCGACAGGCAGACAGAGGGCCUUUAUCGUGGCUAACUACGGCCUGACGAUCACAGUAAUGACGCCAGCCCUUUUGACCGUGGUGUAUUGUGGGAUAGCUGUGGCCUGGUGCACUAAAACUCCACCAACUGAUUACCAGGACGCAUGCAAACACUUUCCGAAUGAGAACACACUAAUGGCUAUUAUCAACGUAAUCACUGGGACGAUGAUAACAUUAACCACAAUCCCUUGCAUGAUUUUCUACUGUUUAUAUGCAAGAGCUUUUGGCCUUCGUGUCAAUAACUAUAUGUCAACGGCUACAGAUCCCAUCGUGGAGGAACAAAUGCGUCAACAAGCGGAUGUCAUACGCCAACAACAGGAAGAAAUCCAGCGUUUGGCGCAACGUCAAAACGUCAUGGAGAAACAACUGACAUCUGGACAUACCCCAAUGGACGCCCCUCCCCCGUACGACGAGCCUGUGCCUGCAGUGGGGGUGGAAAAGGCGUAAUCAGACUGUCAAACAGCUAACGUUAUAUAAACAGGGUAUUGAAUACCAAAAUCAUCCGGCCUCCAGGAUCUUCAUUUCUAAAAUUCUUGAUUGCUUUCAGUCCAAAAGUUAUUCAGCUAUACUCUUGGCCAGAAAGUGUCUGCGCUGGAUGAAUCGGAGUUGCCAGAGACUAUCGGCCCUGAAGGCGAUGGUCUGUAUGUUAUACGAGAUGGUUAUAGAAAGAACAAUCGUAGCUAAAAUAAGACUGUUAUUUGGGGGAAAUGUUCCUGUUCAACAACACAGCCAUUAAUAUUUAAAACUAUUGGUGAUCAUCAUUAUCAACGGUUGUUGACUUCUAUACAGAGUUGGUUGUAACUUGUUAUCGGCCAUCUGCACAUUUUAACUGGUAAAUAAACACUUUGUCGACGUAAGAAUAAAUGUAUUGGACAGAAAAAAUGAAUGUAACAAAAUGUGUCACUUAAUAGAGUACUUUCCAUGAUUUUCGAGACAAAUACUAUAAAAUAUAUCCGCUUUCAUCAGUAUUGCGUAUCGUUAUUUCAUUUUCUGAAGAAAAUAAAGCGGUGUUUAUAUUAAAAGGGA